AUGGAGGUGUCAGGGGAUGAUCCUGGUCUUCUUGUUGUCAUGAGCCACGUUUCCUGCCAGCUCCAGAAUCUCGGAAGUCAGUCACUCAAGUACCUACGCCAGGUGCUGGUGCGCAGGUGUGCAGACGGAGCGGAGCUGCGGGGGAGAAUAGUGGAGACCGAGGCGUAUCUUGGUGGGGAGGAUAAAGCUUCACACUCAGCUGGAGGCAAACGCACGGGGAGAAACACCGCCAUGUUUAUGAAGCCAGGCACAAUCUAUGUGUACCCCAUAUAUGGGAUCUACCUCUGCAUGAACGUGUCCAGUGAAGGGGAGGGUGCUGCUGUGCUGCUGCGCUCUCUGGAGCCCCUCCAGGGUCAGUCUGUCAUGAAGGAGCUGAGGGCAGCUAGACGCAAAGAAGGAGCCCGCCAACUAAAGGACAAAGAGCUCUGCAACGGGCCAUCAAAGCUGUGCCAGGCCCUGAACAUACCUCGCUGUUUUGAUCGUAGAGACUUGGCUUCAGACCCAGAGGUGUGGCUGGAGACAGAUCCAAACACAAGUCCAACAAACCCCCAGGACAUAGUAUCAGCUCCACGUAUUGGAAUCGAGUCCCACGGGGAGUGGGCCAAGAAACCGUGGCGGUUUUAUCUCCGUGGGCACCCCUGCGUUAGCGUUGUGAAUAAAGAGGCAGAAAGACGGUCUCCGUCUGGAAAUGCAAUGAACAGUUUAGGUCCCUGAGACAUGCAGGCUGCACCAGGACAAAAAGAACUGAAGAACUCUUUUUCCAUCUGCUCACUUCUUAAACACAUUGAGAGAAUAAAAUUAGAUUAAAAAAAAGAAGCUACCCUUUAAGUUUUUCAUUUUUUAGAUGUUCUAUUAAUGAAAAAAAAUUAACAUUUCAAAAGUAAAAAAAACUGGAAAUGCUUUAUUAAUGCGAAGAUGUACAAAAAGCAACAAAAACAGACAAGUCAGAAUCAGUUAACUAGUUCUGGUUUAAAAAAAAAAAAAAAACACUGAAUCACUGUGAGUAGUCUUUCAUUUAGCUCCAGUGCUUCUUAUUCACACGUGGGUAAAUGUUCCUUUCAGUGAUUUUACAGAUGUUAGGAACGUUUCCCUUAAACAG